AUGGCGAGUGUUGGGGGUGAUGGAAACAUUACUCUCAAAGAGGGUUCCAAUGCCAUAUCCAAUUUCUGCAUCAUUAGCUGUAAAGAUUCUCCACGACCUAAUAAAAACCUAGGAAAACUAAGAUGCUAUAAAAUUACACAUUCCGGUUCCAACCACGCCACGUCACGCAAGUGUCGGCGAGAGAACGAUAAUGGAGCUUCAGAUCUCGCGGUGAAUCGCCGAUCCGCCAGAGAGAGGAGUUGGAUUGAUUCAUGGAAGCGCGGAGAUGAAGUUCUACAUAUCAACGAAGGGGAUAAGGAGAGUGACGAUAUCGAACGGCGACGGAAAAGGAUCGGCGAAGACGACGACGGCAGGGACCGGCGCCGGUUCCGGUCGCCGGAUUUCGGCUCGGACGGUGUUUCCGGCGGUGGUGGUACUCGGGAUCGUGCUACCGUUUCUGUUCGUGAGGAUCGCGAUCUUGAUGCUGGAAUCUGCUGCGGCGUGUUCCUCAUUGGUAUAUGGAUGAAAAUGAUUGUUGCAGAAUGUGCUGGGUGGAGGUUUUUCGGUGGGGUUGACACGUCACUGACGAAUUUUGCUGAACUCAGAGAUGAGCUGACAAGAGCGCUAAUGGAGGCAAAUGACGGAAAUGUUAACGAGGGAGCAGGGUCAUUCAAUGAACUUGUGAAAGAGAUGACCUCAAAGCAAGACAUUAAGGCUUUUGCCUUCAAGACCAAAUCCAUGCUAUCACAGUUGGAACGCAAGGUGCAAUUAGCAAGACAGCAGGAGUCAGUUUAUUGGCAUCUAGCUUCUCAUGGUGUUCCCAAAAGUCUACAUUGUCUGUGUCUAAAGUUGGCUGAAGAAUACGCUGUAAAUGCUAUGGCCAGAUCUCGUCUACCCUCUCCUGAAUUUGUAUCCCGUCUCGCUGAUCCCAAGUUUCACCACCUAGGUCUCCUAACUGACAAUGUCCUUGCUGCAUCUGUUGUUGUAACCUCUACUGUUGAAAGUUCAAUCAACCCAGAAAAAUUAGUUUUUCACAUUGUUACUGACAAAAAAACUUAUGCUCCCAUGCAUGCUUGGUUUGCCACCAAUUCUAUUAAAUCAGCAGUCGUGGAAGUUAGGGGAUUGCACCAAUAUGAUUGGUCUGAAGAAGUGAAUGCUGGUGUUAAAGAGAUGCUGGAAACUAAUCACUUAAUUUGGAAGCAACACUAUAACAAGGAAAAGGACCUCCACUAUACUCAAGAAUAUAGCAGUUAUUUGCAAGCUUUAAGACCCAGCAGCCUAUCCUUGAUGAAUCAACUCCGCAUUUAUGCGCCUGAGCUGUUUCCAGAUCUCAAAAAGAUAGUAUUCUUGGAUGAUGAUGUUGUAGUCCAACAUGACAUAUCUUCUUUGUGGGAACUAGAUCUUAAUGGCAAAGUCAUUGGUUCUGUAUUCAAGUCAUGGUGUGGAGACAGCUACUGCCCUGGAAGUAAAUACAUGAACUACUUGAACUUUUCACAUCCUCUCGUAUCAUCAAAAUUCAACGGUGAUCAGUGUGCAUGGCUCUUUGGCAUGAAUAUAUUUGAUCUUGAAGCUUGGAGGAGAACAAACAUAACGGAGACCUACCUUCAAUGGUUGAAACUUAACCUCAAGUCUGGGACGACAUUGUGGAAUCCAGGAGUGCUUCCACCUGCCUUGAUUGCAUUUGAGGGACAAGUGCAUCCUAUAAAUUCAUCAAUGCUUGUGUCUGAUUUAGGUUAUCGCUAUCAAUCAGCGGAAAUGGGAAAAGAGAAAUUGGAAGCUGCGCCUAUUAUUCAUUUCAGUGGCCCUGCAAAGCCAUGGCUUGAAAUUGGUUUCCCAGAGAGGGAAGAAGGUUCUGCUUUCAGUCUCUGA